AUGGGAAUAUACCAUAAGUAUACUUGUAUAAGUUUUCGCCCGAGACAGAGCAGCGACAAGGACUACAUAUCGAUAGUGAGCGGAACUACAGGGUGUUGGUCGAGCGUUGGCCGCAUCAGCGGCAAACAAGAAAUCAACCUGCAAAGCCCGCAGUGUCUCACCAAAGUUGGCACCCCUUUGCACGAACUGAUGCACGCGGUGGGUUUUUUGCACGAACAAAACCGACACGAGAGAGACGGUUACAUCUCCAUCGCAUGGCAAAAUAUACUGAGAGGUGAUCGAUUUAGUUUUCCAGAAGAAACAAUAAAAAUUAACAGGUGUUUUAUAGGGCACACGAAUAAUUUCGACAAGGCUUCCAAAGACGAAACCAACGGUUUUAGUGUUCCAUACGAUUUUAGAUCAGUUAUGCACUACUCAAAAACCGCAUUCUCCACAAAUGGACAACCAACAAUUAUACCCAGGGAGUCUGCAAUGGGUUCGAAAAUGGGACAAAGAGAUGGGUUUAGUAGAGGUGACAUCACGAAAAUAAACAACAUGUAUGGAUGCCCGGAAAAAACACCGGGGUAUAAGGAACCAAAUUUAACUGGCCCCCCCAAUGGGGAAACGGGGGGGAAUAACAUCGCGGAAAAUAUUAUUGGGGGUAUUUUAUCGAUUUUCACCGGAAGGGAUGAAGAAAAUUAA